AGAGAUAGAGAGAAGGCAGAGUCAAGAGAAAGCAAGGGGACAACGAAAAAAAAAAAAAAAAAAAAAAAAAAAAAGAAAAAGUGUCGAGAGAAUUUUUCAAAUCCCUUUUUUUUUUGCUCCCCCCUCUCCCUCAUUUCGGAUCGUACGUAUAUACAAGUAGUUCGUUUUUCAAAUUUCUUCGUUAAAAUUUUUCAUCGUCAUCGUUCCAUCGACGAAGUGAAAGAUAGAAUAAGAAAGACAUUAAAUAUUGGUCGUCUGUCGGCAUUAAUAAUCAUCUCGUCAAGAUCAAAAGCAACGGCGGAAGAUUGUUAUUAAUAUUUAAAUCGUUUUACAUUAAAUCGGCAAACACGAAGUUCCUCGAGGGUAGCUCGUCCUUGGGCGACGAAGGGAGAGCUAUGAAGACUUCCACCUUAUCUUCCAACGACCCGAUCCAGCAAGAGAUACGAGAUGCCUGCAAGGACCUGGUUCUCUCCAACGAUCAACUCAAAAUGGUUAUGGCAAGGCUCUUGGAAGAGAUUAAUAAAGGGCUCUCAAAGUCUGGUCACGAUGAUGCCAUUGUGAAAUGUUUUACCACAUACGUACAGGAUCUUCCAAAUGGCACAGAAAAAGGUCACUUUUUGGCAUUGGAUUUGGGUGGUACCAACUUUCGUGUUCUAUUGAUAACACUGGACGGCAUGAGCUUCGACAUGAAGAGUAAAAUCUACGCAAUACCACAGAGUCUUAUGUUGGGUACUGGUACUCAACUAUUCGAUCAUAUCGCACAGUGUCUAGCCUUGUUCGUGAAAGAUUUAAAUCUACAAGAUGAAGUAUUACCACUCGGUUUUACCUUUAGUUUUCCAUUAUCCCAGCAUGGUUUAACAAAAGGGUAUCUUGUAAGAUGGACAAAGGGCUUUAAUUGUAGCGGAGUUAUUGGCGAAGACGUAGUCGCUUUAUUGGAGGAAGCCAUUAGAAAAAGAGACGACGUCAAGAUUGAUGUUUGUGCCAUCUUGAACGAUACUACUGGUACCUUAAUGUCCUGUGCUUGGAAGAAUAGAAAUUGUCGUAUUGGCUUGAUCGUUGGAACAGGAACCAAUGCUUGUUACGUAGAGAAAACGAAGAAGGUAGAGUGUGCGAUCCCCGGAAAUUACGAUCAGGAAAAGUCACAUAUGCUGAUCAACACGGAAUGGGGCGCUUUUGGUGAACAUGGGACUCUCGACUUUGUUCUUACAGAAUUUGACCGUUCGAUCGACAAUAGUUCGAUCAAUCCAGGAAAACAAUUAUUUGAAAAAAUGAUAUCGGGCAUGUACAUGGGCGAACUGACGAGGCUUGUACUUGAGAAGCUUGUCAACGAGGGUCUAAUCUUUGGUGGCAAAUGUUCAAGUGAUCUCAAAAAGCGUGGAAAAUUCUUCACAAAAUACGUAUCCGAAAUAGAAAAUGAUCCCAAAGGCAAAUACACGAAUUGUCGUGAUAUUUUAAUGGAAUUAGGUCAGCGUAACGUUUCUGACCAGGACUGUGAGAACGUUAGGUACGUUUGCUCGAUCGUUUCGAGGAGAGCAGCUCAUCUUGCUAGUGCUGGCAUCGCUGCACUUUUAAAUAAAAUGGAAGAAGACCAUGUCACCGUUGGUAUCGACGGUUCGGUUUACAGAUUUCAUCCGCACUUUCACGAUCUCAUGACGGCAAAGAUCAGUGAAUUAACGAGUUGUCGGUUCGAUUUAAUGCUCUCAGAAGAUGGAAGUGGUCGUGGUGCCGCGCUUGUUGCCGCGGUAGCUUCGCAAAAACAUUGAAAACGUUGACUGUGCCACAUCAACUACUUAGAAUACAUCAAAUUAUACAAAGUAAUGAUAACGAUUUUACACGAGCUGAUACUCGGAGCAGCACACUUAAUAUAUAAAGAAGAAGAGGAAAACAUAUUUAAUGUACACGGACUUACACAAGUGGGGACGGACACCACACAUGAAUGAAUGCACAUGAAGACAGAAAGAGUGAAAAAGAGAGAGAGAGAGAGAGAGAGAGAGAGAGAGAGAAAGAGAGAGUGAGAGAGAUAGAUAGAUAGAUAGAGACGAAAAAAUGUCUUGUACAUAGAGCACAAAAGUAGCCUAGCUUGUCAGCCAUAAAUGGCGAGGGCUACCCCGUGAGAAAUAAUUAGUUUAUAAAGAAAAGAAAAGAAAAGAAAAGAAAAAAAAAA